CGUGCACGCUCGAUUCCCAUCAAAAGAGGACUUUUUGUCCGGCGUAGAACCGAGCAACGGGUCUGUACUUACUUAGCAGAAGAAACAUAUGGAACCACACCUGUCUAAAAUCUCUGGAAAAAGGUUUUCUUCCACCUUAAAUACAACCAGUAACUAUUUAAGACAAGGUUACAUUCAAACUGAAACCUCCAUCCAAGUAACAACGAGUAUUUUUCUCUCUUCAAGACAAAUCUAAAAUCAUCAUGAAAGCAUUCUCAAUUUUUCCCACGUUGUGGUCAGUGCUCGCCCUUCAAGCUGUUUUUUCGCAUGCGGAACGCUUGCUUUUGUUGGUCGGCACACAUCUCGAACCGCCAGCUUUCGAAGUAUUGCGUGAUCGUCCAUCCUUCAAUGAAAAGUUGCAGAAAUGGACGCCAGAACUGCAGAGGAAGACGCUGGCAGAAGCUCCAUCUACUGAGGAGAUGUGCAGCGACGCGGAAACUGAGAAGCUUGCAUUGAAGGAUGCAAUCCAACGAGCCGUAAACUUUUAUGAGGCCCAUGUUUCCGAGCUGAAUACCUUAGAUGCAGCAGUUGGACUACAAGUUGUCCAAGGUAUUUCUCAGCACCUGGAGGACAGAGGACUCACGCACCUCCUCUCUGCGCUAAUUACUGAUAUUGUAAAGAAGGCCAUAGCGGCCAUGAGCAAUCCUGUAGACCGUGAAGGCGCCAUUACCGCGAUGAACGCUACUUAUUCCCCUUUUUCUGGGCAAAACUUUCCUGGUUGGUCACCCCAUGAAAUUAUUGCGCAGCAAUCUGCAGCAUUUCCAUCCGUGGGAGAUGACCCGGAAAUAGUUUGGGGGCGGCUCAACUCUGCUUGUUUCGUGUCGCUGAUGAAUUCUUGUGAAGUUCCGACGCUGUGCAGAAAUACUUAUCUCGACCCAGAGCCACAGUCGCAGUACAUGCUCACUCAUCAAGUCCUCUACAGACUGAUGGCUCGUUCGCUAUCGUGUGACAUUAAACAUCGCAAACUUUUUAUUGAGAAUGAGGAGAAUUUGGAACUUCUAUGUGCCAAGAUGUACGCGGAGGCAGAGAUGUUGGCCGAGUACGGGUUUCCGGUGUGGGGACGGGAUUUGUUUUCGGAAUAUGUAUUCAUCUCUGGACUUGCCGGUUUCCCGAACCUCCUUCGAACAGAUUGGACCCAAGAGAUCGCAUCAUGGCAAAGCAAAAGUGAGUUCGGAUGUUUUGUGAAUCCUGACUUCGAACGGUAUUUUUCAACGGAAGUUGAAAUUCAACGCGAGCAAACCUCUACAUAUGAAGAGACGUCAGAGACCUGCUUGACCCAUUUCACGUCAACCUCGUUAUCCGCACUGGCAAUAAAAUUGGGUUGGUUGAGCGAUAAUUGUUAAAAAAUUAUCCUGUAAUUUAUGUUUAGUACAUAUCUAAUGAUUAAUAUGAAUAAAACGACUGAUUUAUUUGGCUAUGUUUUAUAUAA